ACCACAACCAAGAACUGUUUGGAGAUUCUUCAUUAUUCCCAGUACCGCAUCCAAUCUACGGCCGAGGCCCUUCCAACCAAGCGUGCAAGGCCACACGCUUCCCAGACACGUGCGAGUCCUCAUUGGUUAACUCCAAUCACGUCCCUUCAAACCCGACCUCGUUCAAUUUGUCCCAAAACCCACCAGCCAUAUCAAUCAACUCUUCAAAUCCAACAAUGGGUUCAACAAGCGAGACCCAAACGAUUCACACAGACGAAGAAGAGGCUUGCUUGUUCGCUAUGAAAUUAGCGAGCGCGUCUGUUCUUCCCUAUGUGUCGCCGUCGGAGGUGGCAGCUCAGCUGCCGACGAAGAACCCAGAUGCGGCGGUGAUGCUGGACAGAAUUCUGAGGCUCCUAACUAGCUACUCUGUUCUCAACUGUACUCUCCAAGACCUCCCCAAUGGAGGGGUCGAGAGGCUCUAUGGUCUCGCCCCUGUUUGCAAGUUCUUGACUAGAAACACUGAUGGUGUUUCCAUGGCUCCUCUUUUGCUCAUGAACCAAGACAAGGUCCUCAUGGAGAGCUGGUAUUAUUUGAAAGACACAGUUCUUGAAGGUGGACUUCCAUUUAACAAGGCCUAUGGAAUGACUGCAUUCGAGUACCAUGGCACUGACCCCAACCCAAAUCAUCAAAUCAGCCAUGUGGGUUUCUUCACAGAACCUCGAUACAGCCGAGUCCAUGGUUCACAUCAUCCUGGACUCUGCCGCAGGCAAUCCCAACCGCACCACCGACCCACAUGA